UGUUCGAAAUGUUGUAGUUUAAAUUUAGCGUGCAUCGAUGAUGAGUAGUGAAUGAGCCAUUGUUCAGAGAAAUAGAUGAAUUUUGAAGAAUACUUUGAGCAAGACGUUCACCUUUCAAAUAGUGAGAAACUGAGAAGAAAGUUUGGUGGGAAUUCUCUUCCUGCAGCUGUGAGAUACAUUCCAACUACCCAUAAUUGGGAGAGUUUUAAAGAGAAAGAUGUUUUUGAUGAUGGAACUCUUUCAUUCUUUUGGAGAGCCCAUACCUUAACAGUCUUAUUUUUGCUGUCAUGUACUCUUGUAUACGUUGCUAUUUUAGAACCAGUCAUUGAUGACACACAGUUUAAUGCUAAAAGGGGCCUUGUUGCUUGUGUCAUAGCAUUUUUAUUGCUGGGUGUAACUCAAAUUCCUGAUGGACCUUUUCUAAGACCUCAUCCAGCUCUUUGGAAAUUUGUUUUCUGUGUCAGUAUUCUGUAUGAAUUAGCAUUAAUCUUUAUUUUGUUUCAGCAUCCAGAUGAUGCUCGAACAUUAUUAAAACAUAUUGACAAAGAUUUAGGAAAGCCUCUAGAAGAAAGAGAUUAUGGUGGAAAUUGUUUAAUCUAUGAUUCCACUUUUCCUGAAGAUCCCUGGCAUAAUGUUUGGGAUAAAUUGGAUAUUUUUGUACCAACACAUUUCCUUGGCUGGUGGAUAAAAACUCUGAUGUUAAGAGACUGGUGGCUAUGUACAGUAAUUAGCAUCAUGUUUGAAGUGCUGGAGUACACACUAGAGCACCAGCUUCCAAAUUUCAGUGAAUGUUGGUGGGAUCAUUGGAUCUUGGAUGCACUGGUUUGCAAUGGACUUGGAAUCUAUUUUGGAAUGAAGACUCUUCAUUACUUAUCCAUGAAGCCUUAUCACUGGCGUGGCUUGUGGAAUAUACCCACAUACUGUGGUAAACUCAAACGUAUUGCAGCCCAGUUUGGUCCACAUAGUUGGACUGAUUUUGAAUGGAAGCCUACUAUUACUCUGAAUCGAUGGCUUUUUGUCUUAGUCAUGAUUUUUGUUUUUCUAGUGUCUGAAUUGAAUACAUUUUACCUGAAGUUUGUUCUUUGGCUUGAGCCACCACAUUUCCUCAACCUAGUACGACUAAUUUUUAUGGCAUUGGCAGGAGCUGUUGCCAUACAUGAAACCCUUCAGUAUCUUGAUGAUCCAAACUGCAACAAAUUGGGUCGACAAUCUUGGGUUAUUUUAGCCAUUACUUUGACAGAAUUUUUGGUGAUUGCAAAAUUUGACUGGGAAACCAUCACCAAACCUCUUCCAACAAAAAUAACUUAUGUUUGGAUACUGGGUAUCUUUGGUCUGCUAGGUUGGACAAUCUGGAAGUUUUUAUUGAAACCCUGUUCAAUUAGCUCCAUUUCUCUGUGUACUCAGGAAAACCCUGAUGAUGGCACUGGAUCAGAAAUUUCUGAAUGCAAUAGCCAAGUUUUGAAAGAAAGAAUAUUUCAGCAAUCUCAUAGUACAGCUCAAAAAAUUCAACAAAACAACAAAAGUACUUUCAGAAAGUUAAAGAAGGUAAAAGAUUAUAAGCCUUAUCAAUAUGAAUGUGUAGAACAAGAAACUAAGCAGACAGAACAAGAUAAGGGUAUUCUGGAAGAAGAUGAUAACUUGAAUGAGUUUGAUUCAUCUUUUUAUGAUUAA